AUGGUCUCCUCUACUAUGAACGUCCCCGGCGUCAUGGGCCUCUUCCUCGCCCUAGGCCCUGCCACCGUCCUCUCUGCUCCCCAGAUGCCUUCUUUCCCAGUCCCUAACAUGAUGAACUACGGCUCCAGCAAUAGCGAGACCUCCGCUGGCAGCGGCGUCCAGGUCGGAAUCCCUGAUGGUCCCUACGUGAAUGUCGGCGCCGGCUACCAUGACAGCCACCACGGCCCCUGUGGCCCCGGCUCUGGCGAUUAUCACCACUCAGGCGCCGGUGUUGAUGUCGGCAUUCCCGGCGGCCCUUAUGUCAACGUCGGCGCUGGCGAGGACCAGUAUAACGAUGACUACCCUUGCCCUGAGCCUCCCGUUGUGCUUGUUCCCACUACCACCGCCCCUCCGGCAGAGGUUAUUGUCCCUCCCACUGAAACUGCUGCCCCUCCUCCCGCCGAGGUUAUCGUCCCUCCCACUGAGACGGCCGCCCCUCCCGCCGAGGUCAUCACUCCUCCCGUUGAGACUGCUGCCCCUCCUCCCGCCGAGGUCAUCACUCCUCCCGUUGAGACUGCUGCCCCUCCUCCCGCAGAGGUCAUCACUCCUCCCGUCGAGACUGCCGCCCCUCCCGCAGAGGCCAUCGUCCCUCCCACUGAGACGGCUGCCCCUCCCGCCGAGGUCAUCACUCCUCCCGUUGAGACUGCCGCCCCUCCCGCCGAGGUUGCCGUUCCUCCCACUGAGACUGCCGCCCCUCCCGCCGAGGUCAUCACUCCUCCCACUGAGACCAUCGCCGCGCCCCCCGUUGCCACUGCCAACCCUCCCAUCCUCCCACCCACCUUCACAACCCCCAUGGACGUCCCCACCACCGCUCCCGCCGUCUGGGCCUCCUCCGCUCCCGCCGUGACCACCUCCAUCCCCCUGAUCCACCACGCCGCACCCACCGCCUCCUCUUCCCCCUCCUCCGCCCCCGUGAUGCCAGUCUUCAACGCCGGCUCCUCUCUCGCCCCCGGCUCCGUCCUCGCAGUAGCCCUCCCCAUCAUCCUGGCCUUGUUCCACUAA